UCCCCAAAAAAAACUCGAGCAUCAAAUUCGAGCUCAGCGUUUUUUCGUUUUUUUUUUUUGGUUCUCUCAUCUCAAUCUCAUUAUAUCACCAGUCAAAAAUUGUAGAAGACAUUUCCCAACUGAUUAUUCGUAAAGCUUACAUGGUAGAUGGCAGUUAAGUUUCAUCGGCCGGGUCUUGUACCGUCAAGCUGUUCAAACCCUUGGAUGUCCGUUGGAACCUUGAUUUCGUGCAGAAGAGUGCUACAAUUGGAUUAUAUAUCAAACUGCUGCGGAAAUUCCAGGACUCAAUUGUUUGUGACCUAUGAUGAUAAGAACUACUUUCUUCAGAGAAAACUUUUUGGAAACAAGAAAAUGAGUUCACGGAGGACUACCCAGCCUUUUCUCCUUGCAUCUGCUGAAGAUGGAGUGGCUGUUAAUGGGUCAAGAGCUAGCGAUGAUGUUCAGGAGAUGAGGGCCAAACUCAGUGGAUCACUACAAGAUGAAUAUAGCUGUGGUGAACUUAUUCAGUCUUUGCAUGAUGCUGCCAGGACUUUUGAACUGGCUCUUAAAGAGAAGAUAUCUUCUUCGAGAUUACCAUGGUUUUCAGCAGCCUGGCUCGGAGUUGAUAGAAAUGCAUGGGUUAAGACGUUUUCUUAUCAGGCUUCCGUGUAUUGCUUACUACAAGCUGCAAAUGAGGUUUCAUCUAGAGGAAACAAUAGAGACGAUGAUCUUAAUGUCUUUGUACAAAGGAGUUUAUCACGCCAAGCUGCUCCUCUUGAUAGUAUGAUGCGGGAUAAACUAUCUUCCAGUCAUCCUGAAGCCAAUGAGUGGUUUUGGUCUGGGCAAGUUCCUUCGGCGGUGACAUCUUUUGUGAAUUGUUUUGAGGGGGACCAACGAUUUGUUUCUGCUACUUCUGUCUAUGUCAAAAGCAAUUCCACAGCUGCAAGCAAUGAGAUUGAGGUGUCACUUCUCAUGCUUGUGCUGAAUUGCAUCGCAGCAGUGACAAAACUUGGCCCAACAAAACUUUCGUGCCCGCCCUUCUUUUCUGUGAUUCCAGAUACUACAGGGAGAUUGAUGGACAAAUUUGUUGGGUUUGUUCCACUUCCUCAGACCUAUCAUUCAAUGAAAACCCUUGGUCUUCGCAGAGAAUUUCUUCUUCAUUUUGGACCUCGGGCAGCAGCAUGCAGAGUAAAAAGUGACUGUGAUACAGAUGAGGUUGUCUUCUGGGUAGAUCUUAUACAAAACCAACUGCUGAGGGCUAUUGAUCGGGAGAAAAUAUGGUCAAGAUUAAUAACGUCUGAAAGUAUAGAGGUUUUGGAUAGAGAUUUAGCUAUUUUUGGAUUCUUCAUUGCCUUGGGCAAGAGCACCCAGUCUUUUUUAGCUGCAAAUGGUUUCAGUUCGCUGGAGAAUCCUGUGGAAGACCUUGUUAGGCACUUCAUUGGGGGAAGUCUCCUACAAUAUCCUCAGCUUUCAGCCAUCAGUUCUUACCAGUUGUAUGUAGAGGUUGUCUGUGAAGAACUAGAUUGGAUUCCUUUCUAUCCAGCCAGAAAGGACUCCCAGCCAGCCGAACAAUCACACGGGCAUAAAAGCAGACCACAAGGGCCACCUAAUUAUGAUGCUCUUCCACAGAUAUUGAAUGUUUGCUCUUAUUGGCUACAGAGCUUUAUUAAGUACAGCAAAUGGCCUGAGAAUCCUUCUAAUGUCAAGGCAGCAAAAUUCUUAUCCAAGGGUGCCAGGAAGAACUGGGAAUAUCAAGGUAAGCUCAUGAAGAGCGAUGUAUUCUGUAGAAAGAAGCUUCGUGUAUCCAUCUUUAGAACGCCUUACAUAUCCAUCCCUAUGCAUUUUGCAUUCUUUUUGGCUGUAACAGAAGCGAGUUUUAUUGACAUGACCUCAUCCUCAACUGAUGGAGAGUCAAGCUCAUUUGACAAGGCUCUAGAGAGUGUAGAUGGAGCUCUCGUUAGACUGGAAAGCUUGCUACAGCAGUUGCAUGCAUCAAGCUCAUCUUCUGGAAAAGAGCAAAUAAAAGCUGCUUGCUCUGACCUAGAAAAGAUAAGGAAGCUCAAGAAAGAGGCUGAAUUUUUAGAGGCAUCUUUCAGAGCCAAAGCAGCUUCCCUCCAAGAGGGAGGUGGUGACAGUGACUCUCAGGAGUACUCUGAGGAACAAAGCCAGUAUCUAAGAGGAAAAGACCCAAAGAAUUCAAUAAAUUCUGUAGAUCAAGGCACAAGGGAUAGUGGAUUCUGGGGGUUCUUUGUUCGUACUCCAAAAGGGAAGCCUGGCCCCGAGUCAUUGACAGAUAAAUAUUUUGAGAAAUCCAGAGAAAAUGUAGAUAAUGUGGAUUCCAACCCCAAUGAGAUCUAUCGGUUCGAACUUCUAAGGAACGAACUGAUAGAGCUGGAGAAGCGUGUCCAAGGAAGUACAGAUGAGUCGGGACGAACCUCUGAAGAUCUGCCUAAAUCAAGCAGCAGUACGAAAGGUGUGCAGUUGGUUCAGAGCUCAAAGAAAGAAAACGUCAUUGAGAAAACUCUUGACCAACUUAAAGAUGCCACUACGGACGUGUGGCAGGGUACUCAGCUUCUUGCGUUUGAUUCAGCUGCUGCUAUGGAGCUCCUUCGGAGGUCUGUGGUAGGAGAUGAAUUAACAGAGAAAGAAAAGAAAGCACUACGCAGAACCAUGACCGACUUAGCAUCAGUUGUUCCCAUUGGUGUUCUUAUGCUUCUUCCUGUCACAGCAGUUGGUCAUGCGGCUAUGCUUGCUGCAAUUCAGAGAUAUGUGCCAGGCUUGAUACCUUCGACCUACGGAGCCGAAAGGUUGAACCUGUUGAGACAGCUCGAGAAGGUCAAGCAAAUGCAAACAAAUGAAACUGAGCCUGAAGAAGGCAUUGAUGAACCAGAAUCAUGACUAGAUCAAGAAACAUAAAAUCAGUAUUUACCUCAAGGAAUCACUUUGUUCUAUAGUUCAUUGACAAGAGUUGCGCAUAGAGGAUCUCAUUCCAUGUAUCUGGUACACCGGGUAGGCACCAGUGGCUACAGUCUUGAGGAACAUCAACAGAAGUGCCUUGCUCUCGAUACCGAGAAAUAUGACCAUCUUUCCUAAACUCUGUCAGAUAUGUAAUGUUCAGAAACUUAACCUUACUAUGUCGAUAUCUCAUUUCUUCAAUUACUUUAUAGAUAUAUUC